UUUUUUUUUUUGCUGCUGCUGUGCCGUAAAGAAGUGUCUGCUCUGGUGCGGAGUUGCAGUUGUCCAACCCUCUUACCAUCCCACCAUCCAACACACCAGAACAGAACACACAUUCUGCCCAGACCGAGCGACACAGACUCUCUGACGACACCGCUCAGCACCUGAGGUCUGAAGUGCCCGCCUACCUAAUCGAUACCACAGAUACCACGACACCGCAGUGGCACGACCUGGCCUGCUGCACCUACCCACCUGCCUCUGCCCACCCCGUCCAUGCUGCCGACGACGGGCAAGAUCGACCACCAGCGAUAGCGGCCGGCAGCAACCCCCCCUGGCGGUCACAGCUAGCCCUCUCCUGCAGAAGCACGCACGCACGCCCAGCCACCACCACCACCACCGCGAGACGCUGAGACAGGCAGGCCAACAAGACAGGGAGCACGCUCAAGGAGGGAAACACAUUCCAGCCAGCAACCAUGUCGGCUGAAGUAGAAAAGCCAGUAGCCGCCGAGUCGGGAGUGACGCAGGAACAGAGACCACUCUCGCCCUCGAGUGACUCGGAAGCAGAGGACGCCUUCGAGGACGCGCCCGACACCGCCUCGAUCCGCUCAUUAACCAAGAGAAAGGUCUCGGUCCCGCGACCCGAGAGCCAGCCGUCGGAGCUGGCAGCAGCCUUCCAGAAGAUCAAGGAAAAGAAGUCGGUCAAGGGGCAGGACGCCACCUCGCCCACCGCCGAAACCACCCCAGUCACGAAGCCGAAGCAGCAAGACGAGCCCGACACCAAGGCCAAGGCCCCAGUCCUAGCUCUAGACAAGCCUGCCGUCCCGCCCAAGGACGACUCGGAAAGCGACUCUGACGACUCCGACGACGACGAACCCGAGUCCCCCUCAGGCACCACCCCUAACCGCCUGCCCAAGAUAUCUAACGGGGCUCUGGACAAUGUCAGCCUCCACGAGGAUGCACCAACGACCAAUGGCUCUCACAAAGGUGGCGAGAGGAGGCCCAGCCCCACCGACCGUCCAGCCCCAAAGACCUUGUCGCUGAGCAGUAUCACACACGCUCUUCCUUCCAUGCCCUGGUCCCCUCCGGCGAACGAGUCCCCCAGCAAGACCGUACCCACCGCCCUAAGCCAUGCCCCGGCCGCCGCCAUGGUUCCUCCGCCCCCUGAGCCCAUAAGCCGGAAACUCACGAGCCCUUUCUCCUGGCUGUCGAGGAACACGUCCAAGGACAAGGAUGCCUCCGUGUCCCCAACUGUGACGUCCCCACGCAGGAACACGGCCAGCUCCAUCGCCACGCCGACGAGCCCGGAUGAGGAGAGGGGCGGCGCAAGAAACAGUCUCAAGGAUCGUUUCAAACUCGUGCGCAUGCGCGAGGAAGCUGGCAUCACAUCGCUGCCCGAGGAAGACGAGAGUGAGGCCCCUGAAGCGACCGUCAAGUCCACGGCCAACGCGCUCAGCCCGGCCGCCUCCACACCGGGCGGCGCAGGGGCCGAUGGCAUCGAUAACGGCAUGCAGCCCCCGUCGUCUCCCCUGCCCAAAAGCCCGAACCCGAGCCUGGCACCAGGCACUGUGUCUGGGGUAGAUGCCGGGCCAUCGCCGGCCGCUGGCGGAGCACCCGUAGACUGGGACCUGUGGCAGUCGGUGGUAGACGAGGGCCCCGCGGCUGUGGCACGGACGAGCUCUGAGGAGCUCAACACGGCCAUUGCGGUCGGCAUCCCCAACGUCAUCCGAGGCGUGGUGUGGCAGGUUCUUGCUCAGAGCAAGAACGAAGGUCUCGAGCUCGUCUACCGCGAACUUGUAGCCCGGGGGACCGACAAGGAGAAGGAUCGCCACAGCACCAGCUCCCUCGGGACGUCAAGCAACAGCAACCUCAGCAUAAAGCAGCGCGGAGAGACCGCCUCGUCGGCCUCGUCGGUCAACUCGGAUGGCGAGAGCACUGGCAGCAACUCGGUCAAGGAUAUCAAGGAUGCCGAGGCGGCCGCUGCCGCCGCCGCCGUGACUGCCAAGAACCAGGCCAUCGCACUGGCGGACCGGAAAAAGAGGGAAAAGGACGAGAAGACGGCGCUCCAGAAGCUGGAGAAGGUUAUCCGCAAAGAUCUCGGCAUGCGCACUAGCUUCUCCAAGUUUGCUGCCUCGCAGGGGCUCCAGGACGCGCUCUUUGGCGUGUGUAAAGCGUACGCGCUUUUCGACGAGGCUGUCGGCUACGCCCAAGGCAUGAACUUCCUAGUGAUGCCGCUGCUCUUCAACAUGCCCGAGGAGGAGGCCUUUUGCCUGCUGGUUCGGCUCAUGAACCACUACAAGCUGCGUGACCUCUUCAUCCACGACAUGCCCGGGUUGCACAAGCAUCUGUACCAGUUCGAGCGGCUGAUCGAGGAUCUAGAACCGGCGCUCUAUUGCCACCUGCACCGCAAGGGCAUCUCGUCGCACCUAUACGCUACGCAGUGGUUUCUGACGCUGUUCGCCUACAAGUUCCCGCUGCAGCUUGUGCUGCGCAUCUACGACCUCAUCUUGUCCGAGGGUCUGUCGGCCAUUCUCAAGUUCAGCGUGGUACUGAUGCAGAAGAAUGCCGCCGCAAUGCUCCAGAUCUCCGACAUCUCGGCCCUGACCGUCUUCCUGCGGGAUCGGCUGUUUGAUGUCUACAUCGACGCGGCACCCACCGCGGGCGGGUUGCUUGAAAGCGGAUUCUUUGGCUCCUCGUCGGCCGGCAUCGACAAGGAGGUCUACCGGGCGGACCAGAUGGUGCGUGACGCGUGCGACGUGCGCAUCACCCCCGAGAUGCUGGCGCUGUACACCCAGGAGUGGGAGGAGAAGACGGCGGCCGAGAAGGCUCGCGACGCCGAGAUCACGCGCCGCGAUGCCGAGAUCGAGGAGCUCAGGGGGUCCAACCACGCGGCCGCCAUCAAGAUCCGCAAGCUCGAGGAGCAGCUCCAGGCCAACGACUCGGAGCAGACGACGCUGGCAACGCAGGUGGUGCACCUCAAGGUGGAGAACCAGGAGCUCCGCGACGAGACGGAGACGCUGCGCGAGCAGGUCAAGACGCUACGGGAGUUGCUCCAGGAUCAGCCGGCCGAGCUCGAGAAGGCCUGGCUGGAUGAGCGCGCGGGCCUGCUCGAGCGCAACGAGAAGGUGGCCCAGGAGAACAGGAGGGUCGAGCGCGAGAUGGCGGAUCUCGAGGAGCAGCUAGUCAAGACCAAGAUGGAGUACGCUGAGAUCAAUUCCCAGCAUGAAACCCUCACAAGAAGGUGGACUGAUCUCAAGAAACAGUUUGCUUGAUGACGGAUGACUUUUGAUGACUGCCCUCGGGGAUGUCUUACGGCCGUGUUUCUACUUAUUUCCCCGCCAAUGAUGAUUUUCAAUUCAAGACGAAAAACCUGUCCAUUCAUGUUGUUUUUCUCCCUCCUCCACCCCCCUUUUUCACGCCCGUCGCCACACUGUUUCCAAUCCAUGUCAUGUUCCAGCUCCGAUUCUGUUUACCAUCCUACAUAUUCUUGCCCUUUUCUUUUUUGUUAAUAUUCACGAGCCAGGAAAUGGAUGUGGGCGUUUUCUUUCGUUUUCUCAAAGCAUUGCAUCACCAUACCAAGAGGACGAAGGAGGUUUCACGCACUUUUUUGUUCUGUUUUAUGAUGGAAAGACCGAAAGAAUCAGGAAAGAAGAAAAAGAGAACGGACUUUGAUGAACAGGAUAGGCAGAAAGAGAUUGGAGAUAUGUAAUCUGCUUGCUCGGGGACGCGAAACCAGCCAGUCUUGGUUUCUCGUUCCUUCCCCUCCUCAUUUCGGUUUUUUUUCUUCCUUUUUUUUUCGUUUUCUGAUGGUACUUCACUUUUGUUGCAUCCCAUGAUGUUCGUCUUUUCUCUUCCCUUGUUGUGUCGCUCCUCACCUACCCCCCAGGCGGGCCUUUAGGCUAUCAAGAAGAGCUCUUUCAUGUUUCCUCUCCUGGAGCGUGCACAACGCAGAGUAUCUUACCUACCUACCUUGUAUCGACCCAGCCCAGUCCAGACAUACUAUCGAAACACGUCCCUUGGCAGAGAUACAUUACAACGGCAUCAAGGCUGUGUGGCCUGCAUACCGCAGAAGGCAGGCAGCCCCGUCACAGCACAAGUGCAGUCAGUCACGUGGAGGAGUCGGACCGGGCCGCAAAGAAUUAUCGCCUUCCAAAUGCAAGCAUGAAAACGUGAGAGGCAUGAACCAUCUCCCACGCUAUACCCCAUGACGUGAUAACAAGUGCCUAAAGGAUGCCCAUGGGCAAGCGAGCCGAAAAUUUCGCC